AUGGGGAAAGGGAUUGGAAAAAGGCUUCGCAAUGGAGGCGUAGGACCGGACAGAACAUGGAGAAUCAGGCAAGUGGACAGCACGACAGGAGGAACAGAGCACAGAAGGGCAUUCCCGGCGGACAUGUCCGAGGGCGUUGCAGCGGAGACAUUUGGGUACUUUACAGAGGGAAUCGCUCUAAGUUUAGUGCAGAACGGUGCUGACAUGGAUGCCCUAGCACUGUUAGAGUUUGCUCAGGACGAGGCAGGGGAAGAGGGGUUUUAUGAGAUUACGCAUUUCCCUGGUGUUAUUGGCGCUAUCGAUGGCUCCCAUGUAGCAAUUGUAAAUGCUGGUGGCAGGGAUGCUUUACGGUUUUAUUACAGCCUCAACUGUCAGCUUGUGUGUGACCAUCAACUUAUCUUCACGAACGUUGUUGCCAGAUGGUAUGGUUCAGCACAUGACUCUCGGGUAUUUGAGGAGUCGGAACUAUUCCGUAAAUUCCAGACAGGAGAAUGCCAAGGUAUUUUGCUUGGGGAUCCAGCGUACACGUGUCGCCAAUUCAUGCUCACUCCUUUUCGCAAUGCGAUGACACCAGCAGAGAUUCAUUACAAUACUGCUCAGAGAAGAACAAGGGGAGUGAUUGAAAGAGCAUUUGGGAUUUGGAAGAAAAGAUUUCCAUGCAUUUCCAAGGGAAUGCAUCUGAGGUGUUCAGCAAGUAAAUGCAAUCUGGAUCACAACAUGGCUAUUAUAGUUGCAACUGCCUGCUUACAUAACCUGGCAAGACGACGACAUGAUCCUCUGCCUGAGCCUGAGCCAGACCUGCCGAGACAAAACCUUGAGGAACCAAUUCGACCACUGAACGCGGUUGAAGCGGACUUACGAGGCAACCUAUUUCGACAGAAAUUCGUUGUGCAACAUUUCAAUCAGUGA